AUGUUUAAAAAAUUCACUAAAGACGACGUUCAUUCACGUUCUAAUAUCAAAUCAUCGGUUCAAAGAGGAUUGAAAUCAAAAUUUGUUUCACAAUUUGAGGAUUUAGAAUCAGCAAUUGAUAAUAUCAUACCGAAGAAAUCACAAGUGAUUUUGAUUAAAUGUGAAGAUAAAAUUCAAUUAUAUUCAGUUGAUGAAGAAGUUGUAUUAUUCCAACAUUUCGACGAGCUUAUUCCUGCUUUAAAAAUCGUUCAUAAAUAUCCAGAUUGUUUCCCAAGAGUUCAAGUUGACAGAGGUGCUAUUAAAUUCGUUUUAUCAGGUGCUAAUAUCAUGUGUCCUGGUUUGACUUCUGCAGGUGCCAAAUUACCAGAAGAAAACUUAGAUAAAGAAACCAUUGUUACUAUAUAUGCCGAAGGUAAAGAACAUGCUUUGGCCAUUGGUAAAUUAACUAUGAGUACCGCAGAAAUUAAAUCAAAAAAUAAAGGUAUUGGUAUUGAAUUAUUGCAUUACUUGGGUGAUGGUUUAUGGCACUUUAAUGAAUGA